AUGUCAACACUACGCGGUUGUCCUAACUUAUCAACACUAUGCUCAUCAAGAAGAUCAGACAUCGACAACAUUCGAAGAGAAAGAAGACUACAAUUGCAACAACCUCGUGUGAUCGAAAACAUAUACGAAACCCUAGAACGCUCGAUCAUUCAAAGCACAACACUGGAAGACACUUUAAACGUCCUCAAAAACAGUUCGGACGUCAUAAGAAGUGCUAUUCGCGAUUUGAAUAAUACAGAUACAGAGACCCAACACACGUCGUUGAGACUCUUUCAGACGAUCGCCAAUUUGCAAAACAAUGACGCACUUAAUGUGAUUAUGAGUGCGUUCCCAUUUGUGACAUUUCUUGUGCGUUCCAAUGAUAUUCAAAAUUCAAUUUUGUCGUCUCGAAUUAUUUCGACAAUAUGUCAAACGGCGCCGGUGUUGAAACGCAACUUCCUUAAUUUGGGAGUGUUGGAAGAUUUGAUGAGACAAUGCGAAGUCCAAAUGAGUAAUAUUAUGGCAAGCACAGUGUAUAUACAAACACUUUCAGUGUUUAUGCAAGACGAUUUGGGCGUUGUCGGCACGGUACUCAAUUCAGUGUUACCUAGACUCUUGAUGGAACAACUCGCGAAGACUAAUAACACACAAUUCAUCAGCUCAACACUUCUGUUUUUCUCAUUCUUGUCAUCGAAUGCACUAUUCGCGCAAGCUUGUUUACAGACGCCUUCAUUCAUCCAAUUUCUCGCAGUGAUGUUGACCACCUCCGCUUCUGUAAAUAUCAUCUCCCCGACACUCACGAUCGUCGGUAACUUCUUCACAAUUAGCACUCACUCACAAUUGACACCUCUAUUGACACCACUCGUCAUCGACUCACUCAUUCGUCUUCUUCAAAGUGGCUUGGGACUAGAAGUUGACAUCAUUUGGGUAUUAGGAAACUUGGUGUCAGUCACAGACUUUAGUGUUGUAUCGCGCCUAGUUAGUUGUGGGUGCAUUCCACUGUUAUUUAAGACACUUGAGAACAGCGAGAACAAAAAUGAAGAUGUUGUGAUUUCUGUAUUAGUUGCGUUGUCGAAUAUCAUGAUGUGCGAAUAUGAGAAGAAGCGUCCGUUUGUGCAGUGUUGUGUUGAACUUGGUAUCAUCGACUAUAUCUUCGACUUCUUGAAAGUGAUGAAAUCGGACAGAUUUGUUGAAGUGGCUUGUGAUAUACUGAACUUCUUGAAUGACAACGUCAGUGACUUUCCACUUAGAGUGCAGAACAUUGGAGGAAUUGAUGUUCUUAAAGAUUUGUCAUACAUCUACUCUGUGUCUGUGAUCAUCAAGAAACUAAAUUGGGUACUGUAUCAGUAA